AGCUUCUGGGGACCCAGGAGAGCUUGUGUUUGCCUCCUGCUGCAGCCUUGGGGAGAUGCCCUCUCAGGAACUCAGCUCUUCAGAUAAAAAGUCUCCCUCUUCACAUGAGAGCAUCCUUGAGUGAGAGCAUUGCAGCAUAUUUUAAAAGCUUUAUCUGUCUGGAAAUUUUCCAGGCAGUCCCUUACCUACUGAUGUCCUCCUUCUUCUCUUCUCUCCUGCCCUCCUUAAAUCUUACCAAGCAGAUCCAUAUCAUUAAUAUUUCAGUAUCAGCUGUUCACAGGCAUUGGCUACAGUGCAGUGCACUUCAUCAAUAAGAGCCGGCAGAGGCUGUGAGGUUUGCCACACUGCCUUCAUCCAGCCGAGGAGUAAGAGCAAAGACAGAGCCCAGCAGAGAAACCGAGUAUCCACUGAGGGUAAGACUGCACAUUGCAGUCGUUGUCUAGAGGUGCUUUUUGCUGCUGUCCCUCAGAUCGUCCGGGUAAUACCCGAGCAAGCAACAAGAAUGGAUGUCUUUAAGAAAGGUUUCUCCAUCGCUAAAGAAGGUGUGGUGGCUGCUGCAGAAAAGACCAAGCAGGGAGUGACAGAGGCUGCAGAGAAGACUAAAGAAGGGGUGAUGUAUGUAGGUACCAAAACCAAGGAAGGCGUGGUGCAAAGUGUGACCUCAGUUGCUGAGAAGACCAAAGAACAGGCCAAUGUGGUGGGAGAAGCCGUAGUAGCCAGUGUGAACACUGUGGCAAACAAGACUGUAGAAGGAGCAGAGAACAUCGUGGCUACUACAGGAGUUGUAAGAAAGGAGGACCUGGCUGGGCCGGAGCCGCCCGAGCAGCCGGGGGUGGCGGGAGAGGGGGCCCCCGUGGCAAGCACAGACAGCGGCGGACAGGGUGAAAAUGAAGGCAAUUAAUUAACUUAGUGACUUGUAGCUCAAAAGAAAGCAUUCCAAGAGCAUACAUGGAAACAUUAGCUGACACUACAACAGGAAAACCCCACUCUCCAUAGACUAACUACAUUCAGCUCUGUAGGCUUUCACCUCCCUCAUAAGCAAAUCGUACAAUAUAUGUAAGCCAGACUCCUCUGAUUGUAAGUAAAGCGCAGCCGUGUACCCAGAGGGUUGUGUGUCUCCCUCCCCACUUCCCUCGUGGCUUCCCGACCCGCUCGCUUUGCGUGUUUUGGUCGGGCUCACUGAUCUGUGUCUCGUGUCCAUCUGCACUGGCACUUGGGAUCUCUAGGCAUUGUGGAAAUAUUUUUUUUUAACUAAUAAAAAAAAGUAUUUGAACAA